GUGCCAGCUCCGCUGGAACCUGCUUGGCGCGGCGCAGAGGCUGGCCGGAGUUUCAGCUCAAGGGCACCCUUGGGUUGCACGACCAACCUGGAGCAGGGGUCCAGCGCCAGUCACUGGGUGGCAGGUGGACCCAGCCAUCUGGCCCAGGUCCGGCCAGCUUCGCCGUUUUCGGAAUCGGGAGCAGUGCCAGCCGUGGCCGGCAGCAUACCCUCGCCGUGUGCCACACCGCAUUCUUCGGUCACUGGUACAUCUACCCAAGUCACUUCGAAGGCCGUGUUUUCAGUCCCUGCGGUCCCUGCGGUUCCUUCCGCGCCCUGCAGAUCGGUCCAGUUUGUAAAUGCACAAGCCUCUUUUGCAUCAGUCGUGCCUGCUGUCGUAGCGCCCUCUUCGCCCUGCAUGGCGUCUUGCGGAACGCCGCAGUCUCCCUGCAGAUCAGUCCAGUUUGUGAACCCACAGGCCCAGACCCUGCUGACAUCAGCAUCAGUCGUGCCUGCUGUCGCAGCGCCCUCUUCGCCCUGCAUGGCGUCUUGCGGAACGCCACAGUCUCCCUGCAGAUCAGUCCAGUUUGUGAACCCACAGGCCCAGACCCUGCUGACAUCAGCAUCAGUUGUGCCUGCUGUCGUAGCGCCCUCUUCGCCCUGCAUGGCGUCUUGCGGAACGCCGCAGUCUCCCUGCAGAUCAGUCCAGUUUGUGAACCCACAGGCGUCUGGGUCCGUAGGCUUGGUGGCCUCGCCAUGUGGAGUUCGCAUGGUUCAGGCGACCGGAGGUGCAUCUCCUGCCCCAUUGAUGCUCCCCAGCUCUGUUUGUUGGACUCGGACUUCGCCGCAGGCGUCGCAACGGGACCGAAGCUCCAGCCCCUUGAAAUGUUUGCCCGUGAAGUAUAGCAGACAAGAUCGUCAUUGCGCUGAUCCGCCCAAAGACUUCGAAAGCCUCAUGGCAGAAGCCCGGCUUCGUCUCAAAGAGAAGGUGGAUGGCGUGGUGUCAGCGAUGCCACCGGUGGAGGUGACUUUGCUGCCCAGCAAACCGCGGACACCUGACCCCGAGGAGGAGUCGUCAAGAAGUCGUCUCGAGGCAAGGGAGGACAAUGAGCCUCCCAGCGAAGCAUCAGCUCCGGAAACUCGCGCAGAGUUUACCUCCUUGGCGAAGUUGGAGGCUCUGUUGGCCAGAAGCUCCACAGAUGAGUCUCCCAGACCGCAGCCUAGAAAAUCGCCAGCUCCACGCAUGGAAAGCACAGAGUUUUCGUCGCUGGCAAAGUUAGAGGCGUUGCUCGCCGAAACUUCCAAGUCGGAGUCCCCGCGCAGGCGGCCAAGCGACUUGCUGAGAAAGUCUGCGCAGGAGCUGGUAUCCAGCGACUUUGGCGCCCAGACUGGAAAGUGCUCUUCACAGCGCUCACAGAGAUCGAGAUCGAGCUCUCUGGCCGCGUCAGUGCUGAAGGAGGUUCCCAGCGAGCAUCCAUCCACGCCUUCGACCCAGCGGUUGGACCUUACAGCUGGUGAUGACUACUUGAGAAGGCCACUCUUCGUUAGUGCUAGCAAGGAGAUAUUACCUCUGUCCAGAUCAGCUUCGCAGGAUCAGUGGCUUUACAAGAGCUGGCGAUCACCCAGCAGGUCGACUGAGGGCCGCGAGUUGAACGAGCCCAAAGGCGCUGAUGUGGCUGGAGGUCUACGUCCAAAGGAGCCAAAGGCGUCCCAGCCAGACUUCGAAUGAGGAAAUUCAGUGGCGAUGGAGAGCUUCGACGUGUGAUUUCGAUGUUCUUGAAAUCUAUCCAGUG